AACAGACACCAAAUACACUGAGCAUUUCCAUAUACAAAGCAGAACAGAAAAAAGGAUUACAUAUGUGGUUCAGGUAUCACUUAUGACAAUUAAACCUAUCGGGUAUAGGACAACCUUUAGUUGACUCGCUACAGAAAAGAUGUAAGAAGAUUCAGGGAACUAAGGAACCCAUUAUCAAAUACAGAAACGUAAGACACUUGGCCAAUUUGAAUCUCCCAGGCUAUCAGACACUAUGGGGCCAAGGAACAAAUGUUCCUCAUUCCCUCCAGACCUACGCUGUCAGAGCAACUCACAGAAAAUACAGGGCAGGAAUUGGCAAGGACCAGACUUCAGGGAGACCCCCCUCUCCCGUUCCAUGAUGGCCUCUAGCCUUCCAGCUGCAGAAACCAUGUUGAUGGUCCUCAACCUUCUCUGUGGAGCAUUUUGUUGAGGAACUCUCCCUCUGAGAGCUUAAAACACAAGAAUUUUCAAAUUUGGAGACAUUCAAACUUGGAAUCACUCAUGAGCUGCGCUGGCAUGGACGUGUUCCAGAAGGUGGGGAAGAUUGGUGAGGGCACCUACGGGGUGGUGUACAAGGCCAGGAACAAGCAGACAGGGCAGCUCGUGGCCCUGAAGAAGAUCCGCCUAGACUCAGAGACUGAGGGUGUACCAAGCACCGCCAUUCGAGAGAUCUCCCUUCUCAAAGAGCUUAAGCACCCCAAUAUUGUCAGGCUACUAGAUGUGGUACAUAGUGAGAAAAAACUGUACCUGGUGUUUGAGUUCCUCAGCCAGGACCUGAAGAAAUAUAUGGACUCAGCUGCAGCCGCAGAACUGCCUCUGCACCUGGUCAAGAGCUACCUCUUCCAGCUGCUCCAGGGGGUAAAUUUCUGCCAUUCUCAUCGGGUCAUCCAUCGUGAUCUAAAGCCCCAGAACCUUCUCAUCAAUGAGUUAGGUGCCAUCAAGCUGGCUGAUUUUGGGCUGGCCCGGGCCUUUGGCGUGCCCCUACGUACCUAUACCCAUGAGGUGGUAACCCUCUGGUAUCGCGCCCCUGAGAUUCUCCUGGGCUGCAAGUUCUACUCAACAGCUGUGGAUGUCUGGAGCAUUGGUUGCAUCUUUGCAGAGAUGGUGACACGCAGGGCCCUGUUUCCUGGUGAUUCAGAAAUUGAUCAGCUGUUUCGAAUUUUUCGAACCCUUGGCACACCCAGUGAGGCCAUGUGGCCAGGGGUCACCCAGCUGCCAGACUAUAAGGGCAGUUUCCCCAAGUGGACCAGGAAGUCGAUAGAGGAGAUUGUGCCCAGCCUUGACCCAGAGGGCAAGGACCUGCUCAUGCAACUGCUGCAAUAUGACCCAAACAAGCGCAUCUCAGCCAAGGCAGCUCUAGAACAUCACUAUUUCUCCCCCUGCAAGUCAUGCUCAGCCCCACGCCAGUGCAUGCUGGAGCAUUUUUGCCGGUGAAGGGGAUGGGCAUCCAGCUUCUAUCCUCUUCCCCUUCCUUCUCAGGUCCAAUACCCAAAGCCCCUUCUGCAGCUGCAGCUCUAGCCAUCUUUCCCUAAUGUUGGGGAGGAAUUGUAGGCAGGGUGAGCUUUGUGUCUAGGUUUAGCUGUGGCCUGGGGACCAUGAAAGGCUAGGUUUGGACAAGUCCUUCUACCAGGUUAGUGAGAGUUCCCAUGUUCUUUGUUGGGUUUGACAGCAUCUCUUCAGGGUGGAGGGUGCAGCCACCUGAUAAGGGAGAGGGAGAGGUGAGAGAGCAGCUCCCUUGUACCUAGGAACAGUGGUGGGUGGUGCUCAGAGAAAGAGGGGCAAUUGUUUUCUUUGACAUCAUUGACCUAGCCCAAACUUUACCUUCAGGUCAAAAAUUCCAAGGUAGAGGGGACUCUCUUCCUGUACCCCACAUCCAGCCCCCCCCUGCUGUUCUUUUGGGGUUUAAACUAUUUAGGAAAGAGUUUAAUUCCAUUUAGAAGAGUUAGAAGAGAGGGGAGUUUUUCCAUACGUGGUCAGUGGCAAGUGUGUGAGUUGGGUGUGUUUUCAGCAGUUAGCUGUUUACCUAUAAUGUAAUUGCAUUCAUUUGGUCCUAGAUUUAAGAAUAAGAAAUAAAAAUUACAUUUCUGAGCUUCGUGAUGUCUGACCCUUCAGUGGAAAGGGACCGUAGGGAAGGGAAAGUCAACAUGACUCACUCGAGGGGCUGAAGGUGGUCCCUAG